UAUUUAUUUGCCCUCCAAGAAUGCGCUUAACAUGUAUAAUGUUUACUUUUGAGUUCUUAACAUGCGCGAACCUAUUCUAACUGUGGCCUUUUCACAAGAGUACUGGUUGUGAUAAACAUUUUCAGGCGAUUGUUUUUUCUGGUCUACCUAAUCAAACAGAAUUAAUCUCUUAGUUUUUCUUAUGUUACUUUACUGUACUGUAGUGAUAGCGGAAAGCAUUAAGUGGAAAAUGCUUGUCAAGUUGAAAUAUGAUUUAAAAUAAAUGUGCUAUUAAAACCUGUAAUCCAUGUGUUCUCUUUAAGCCUAUAGGCCUACAAACAACAAACGCUAACAUCUGAAAAUAUUCCCACUUGUUCAGUUGUGUUUCCCAUUUUCUUGGCUGAGAGCCAAAGUAGGCUUUAAAUGUAGCAUUUGGACAAAAUAUUUUGACUUUACAAAGUUAAAUUGAACGUGUUUGUCAAAACAUGAAACAAAACAAUGUUUAGCUCUUAGGCUACAAAGGAAUGUCUUCCGCCCUCCGAAUAAGAAUUUUCUCGCUCUGUUGUCUAAAUGAGGUAGGCAAUGAGCUGGCGUCAUCAAUUAAGGGGGUGGGGGGAGUUACCAAGAGAUACAUUUUAACAAAAUCGUUUUCGUGACUGCUAGUAACUUACAAGUGUUGCUGCGAUUAUCAAAACCCUACAGGUCUUGACGUGCCAUCGAACCCACAGAUCGUAUUAAUGCCCAUUUCAUUGUAAGAUUUAAACAAACUUUCCUUUGGGUUCAGAGAACACACAGCACAAUCUACGUCAGUUGUACCCCGAGCCACACUUGGUAGCGCCGGAUACCAAGGAGUUGCACGCGCUACGUGCGUGUUUAUGAUCGCGCUCAAACUUGCAGUGAGAUAUGGUUCGUUUUUCCUCGCUGAACUCCUCACUGUUUUAUGGACUGAUGGAGCCAGGCAAAAACGAAUUCCAGCCGUGGCGAGACUACAUGGGUCUGGCGGACACGGUGCAGGAAUUACGGUCUGGAAAGACUACUACCGAGUUUAGGGAAAACGCUGAAGCCGACCAAAAGGGACCAGAACCUGGAGUUGAUGAACAGGUGUGUGUCACAACUGAUUGCCUGCUUCACGAGGGCAAAGUAGGGAAGGACAGGAAACCUGCCAGGAAAGACUUUGCUCAUCCGAAUAUGGGAUCGUCAGCUGCAGCUGGGCCCGGAGCAUCAGCGGGAGCUGUCGGUUACAUGUCCCGAAAGAAAUCGCCUUUUUCCUCAGCUCCGGAGAAGUCCUCACAGCGCCCGUCCUGCAGUUUUUGUAAACACAACGGAGAGUCAGAGACCGUGUUCAGCUCUCACAGGUUGCGGGACCAGAAGGGCGACGUUGUAUGCCCGUAUUUGCGGCAGUAUGUCUGCCCACUUUGCGGAGCGACCGGAUCUCGCGCUCACACCAAGAGAUUUUGCCCUCGAGUCGACAGCGCGUACAGCUCGGUGUAUGCUAAGUCCAAGCAUUGAAAAACCCCGACCGACCGCGAGUCUACCCGAAGGUGAACUGGAGACGGGGUUUAUUUAUAACCGUAAAACGAAUGGAACACGUCUUGCUCUUCUGGCCGCCGUUUGAAGCCACAUAAUGGAAGAGGCCCAAUAAUGUCACUUUUAAAAGUUGUUUUUAAUGUUGUUUUCAGUUUGCAUUUGCCUUUUAUUCUUUUAAUUAUGAAGGUAUUUUUAAAGCAGUUUGUGAUCGCGAGGGAGUGUUUGAACGUGGAUUUCUCACACAGACCACAGUAGCCUACCUGUUGCCAAGAGUUUUGAUGUUGCUUUUCCUUUGGUAGUCAUAGGAUGUAUUAUUUUUAUUGUUGGGUUAUUUUUCAUGUUUGAGCACUGCGUGAACAUUCAUUGUUACCUACAUUUUUUCACACUGGGUUUUUUUUGAUGACCAGCCACCUUUGAUGUCGUGCAUGUUUGACAACAGGCCUAAUGAUUGCUGAUGGCCUCUUUCUUAACGUUAGUUAAACGUAAGCUUGAAUCAUUCGCUCCCAUGGCUUCAGGUUUUACAUUAUUAUGACGACACCAUUUCUUCUCUGGUAUGCAUUAAUGACAUUCCACAUUCGUGGCCUGUCCUCAGAUCAAAGCAACAUAUCUGACACAUUUUUACUAGUCAGUCCCUCACCCACGUGACAAUCUGUGUUGUGCCACCGGAACACUCCCACGCGAAUACGCUGCUAUUAAAAAAGACGUGCCCAGUAUUGUUCGAGUAAACUUGUACCGGUCUCUAAUAUUACUGUAGGCUAUUUGGAGUUGGAGUAUAAUAUUAAUGAAGCCAAUGGUUGGCUUCAUUAAUAUUAUAAGUGCUUUUAAACGUAAUACGUUUUUAAUGAUGAUCAGAUUACUUGUAUAUUUAAGUGACUGAGAUUGAGAAGAGUGUUGAGUGGGCAAUACGACGACACAAACCGAACGUGAACAACCGCUGCUGAAAACUGGAAAAAAGUACUACCCACGACUGGCAAGAUACGUCAACCUCAAAAAACCUUAAGCAUGUUCUACAAGAAUUUGUCCUUUUGCGUGUUUCAGAAUUUCUGAGCACUUUUGCUUUUGACCAAAAAUGUGUUAGAUUUAAUAUUUCUUUGCAUGUGAUGUUGGACCUUUUGUGUGUGUCUUUCUGUGUGACCGUUCCAAAGUGUCUCUUAUAGGCUAGAUCUUUUGCUUUUGAACGAACAGCUCUUUUGUGCAACUCAAAAAUGUGGAGAACAGAAUAAACGUCAAGGAUACUGUAGAUUAUUCAAGGUAAUUAACUUUAAGAUUUGUGCAUUUUCUUGUCAAUAAGAAUAGUCACGUUGUACUAUUUCUUUAAAACAGUAAAAAAAAAAAGAAUAAAAGAGAUGACGUGCAGGGAUGUGCAAAAAAAAAUAACUUGGAUAGAGGCAUUCAUAGAAUUUAUUUUACUGCAAUAUAUUUUGAUUUAGCAUUUUUUUUUCUUUUCAUUUACUUUUGGAAUGAUCAAAAGCACGUUUGAUCCCCUCUGUAAAUUCCUCAUCUUAAUGUUUCUUCUGUUGUUUGCAUGGUAGAUAUCAAUAACACUUUCUGUGACAAUUA